AUGCAACUCAGGCUGUGGCUGGCGGCCAGCACCCUGGCAGCAGUGCUGGGCAUGGCCCUGCUGGAUGAUGUGUGUCGGGCACCGGACGGCAAAGAUGGCUUCCCGGGAGUCCCUGGCCUCAACGGAAGGCCAGGACAGAAGGGUGACGUGGGAGAGCCAGGGAAAUCAACACGGACGACAGGCAUGCAGGGACCCAAAGGGGAUGCAGGUGAGCCAGGGCCUCCAGGCAUCCCAGGGAACCGAGGCUACCAUGGCAUAUAUGGCCCCCCCGGGGUCCAAGGGCCACCAGGGCCAAAGGGGGAAAAGGGGAGAGCUGGAAACAUCCUGGAGCAUCCGCGUCCUGCCUUUUCCGCCUCACGGAGGUCCCCACCACCCCUGGGCAGGACGGUGGUGUUUGACAACAUCAUCACCAAUGAGGAGAGAUCCUACAGUCCUCAGACCGGAGAGUUCACCUGCCGCAUCCCUGGGUUCUACUACUUCGCCUACCAGGUGGUCUCCAGCGGGAACCUCUGCCUGAGCAUCACCAAGAACAGCGAGCACGUGGUCAGCUUCUGCGAUUACAACAGCCGCAACAUCCUGCAGGUGAACUCAGGGAGCAGCGUGCUCAGCCUGGCAGUGGGUGACCGGGUCUCUGUGAGCACUGACCCUACCAGGGACAGCAUGAUUUACAGCGGCUUCGAGGCAGACAGUGUCUUCAGUGGCUUCAUGCUCUUCCCACAGAGGAGCUGA